AUGCAAUACACUCAAACCUCAGACGAGCUGUUUUCGCGACCUGUACCGACCAGUCAUUUGGACUUUUGGCUCAAAGGCGUCGAAACAAAAAGGGUCAGUGGAAGUGGAUUGUGCUCGGACAAGACACGAGUCCUGGAGACUGAAGGAGACUGUUUGGACAACCUGUUCCCCUCCGACGAGGUCGCCUGGACCCGACGGACUUCUCUAGCCCCGUCGUCAGUGGAAAAAGACCUUCCAGUUGACCGGCGUUCGGAUGAUCCGGCCUGUGCGCCUCGAGGGUUAGGCAGAAUGAGUAGACCCACGCUUCAAGCGGGUCUCUCUUCAAGACUGUGUAUGAAUAUGCCUGCCGGAGGGUAUUAUAACGUGAUCGGCUUAGACAAAAAGGCAACAGCCAACGGCCAACUUGCGCCAUGUGCAGCGUCAAAGCUAUUGAGCCCUGAGACAUAA